AUGCUGUCUAUAAUCUAUUUAGAAAAGCAUAGCAAAUGCAGUAGUUUUACCAUAAUAAAAAAAUCUAUUUAUAGUAUAGAAAAAUACAAGCAAGCAUCUAGGCAAUAAGGAAUAAAAAAUGAUAUCGCUAAAAUGAAUGCAUAAAUAAAAAGAAUAGAGAUAAACCCUAAGCUAUUUAUAAAAGAUAAAUAAAUUAACUAUGUGCUAAAGAUUUGCUUGAUAUUGGGACAUCUAAAUAAGAAGAAAGAGUUAAUCCAUAUUAAUCAUUCUAUGAAUCAUUGUAAUUAAAUUGUAUUCUGA